CUCUCAAAUCCCAUGAAGUUGGUUGGUCGUUGCCGUCGCGAGAGAGCUUUGGAGAAAAUAAUAAUAAUAACAUCCAUGUGAAGAUCAUGAGAGCUUUUCUUUCUCAGGUUUGCCACGUCUCGAAGCGGCCAGUGGCUACUGUGAGCUCACAUGUCACCGCAAAGAGGGGGAGACAGGAGAAUUUGAAAAGUCUCCGUGGAGAGAGGAGUGGGGGGUGGGCCCGUGGGGCUCGUAGAUCACGGCCCAAAGAAGGAGAAGGGGAGGGGUCCAUAACCGGACAACCAUCUGAUGCAGGAGAAAGAAAGACAAGGCAGCCGUACCUGCAAUUCAUCUUCUUACACAUCAGAUUCUUUCACAGACUUUUCUCCCACCUUCACGUGAUUCUGAGGCUCGCUCAGUUCAGUCCCGAGACGAGACGACAGCUCCUCCCACCUUCUUCACCCCUCACUCUCUCUCCAGUCUGUGAUCUACAUGCUCUUGUCAUUUACCUCCUGCCCCUUCUCUACCUCCAUGCCAAUAUUUUCUCCUGCAAAAGACUCGAACUUCUAGCAGAGAGGACGACAAGUCGUGUGAAAGCAAAAACAGCAGGAAGCAAGAAGAGCAUCGACACAUCAGAGAAGAAACAGAAGCUCUCUCAGGCCCCCUUCCCAUCAACGACAAUGCUGAGGAGAAGAACCCCACCACGUCUCUCCACACUGUCGUUUCUUGCUCUGCUUUGCCCCGUUCUUGCUCUCGCCGCUUCCGGGUCGCCUCCGUCGUCGAACCUCCUGUUACCGCCCGACGCAUCCGCCCUCUUGGCGUUCAAGUCCGAGGCAGAUUUGAACGGCGUCCUUCGCUUCUCUCCCGACACCAGCUUCCUUUUUUGCCAGUGGCAGGGCGUCCAGUGCGUCGGAGGCAGAGCCGUCCGUCUCGUCCUCGAAGGGCUCAAGCUCGGCGGCGAGCUCUCUCCCAACUCACUGACUCGCCUCGACCAGCUCCGAGUCCUGAGCCUGCAGAACGACUCGCUCGCCGGCCCGAUCCCCGACCUUUCCGGCCUCGUCAACCUCAAGACCCUCUUCCUCGGCCACAACGCCUUCACCGGCUCUUUCCCUCCGUCGAUCCUCUCGCUUCACCGGGUCAGGACCCUCGACCUGUCGCACAACGGCUUGACCGGUCCGUUGCCUUCCUGGCUGGCCGAGCUGGACCGGUUGUACUACCUUCGGCUCGACGGCAACCAGUUCAACGGGACCAUCCCUCCGCUCAACCAGUCCUCUCUGCUGACGUUCAACGUCUCCGGCAACAACCUCACCGGCGCGAUACCCGUCACGCCGGUCCUAGCUCGCUUCAGGCUCUCGUCCUACUCGUGGAACCCGGGCCUCUGCGGGGAGAUCAUAAACAAGGAAUGCAACCCUGGGCCGCCGUUCUUCGGAACUUCCUCCCCGGCUGCGAGCGUCAAGCCGCCUCCUCCGGCGACGGUGCUGGGGCAGAGCGCGGAAAUGCACGGCUUCAACCAGACCCAGCCGGCUCAAAAGAAGCACAAGAGGACGGCAGUCAUACUCGGGUUCUCCUCGGGCGUGGCGAUGCUGGUGUGUUCGCUCCUGUGCUUCGCUGUGGCCUUUAAGAAACAGAGGGAAUCGUCCCGGCUAGCAGCGAGUCAAAUCAUGGCAUCAGACGCCGCUGCGGCCGCCCAGGCCGCGGCCGUCAUGCAGAUAGAGCAAGAGAACGAGCUGGAAGAGAAGGUGAAGAGGGUGCAAGGAAUGCAGGUGACGGCGAAGAGCGGGAGCCUGGUGUUCUGCGCGGGGGAGGCGCAGCUGUACUCGCUGGAGCAGCUGAUGAGGGCGUCGGCGGAGCUGCUGGGGAGGGGGACGACAGGAGCGACGUACAAGGCGGUGCUGGACAGCGGGCUGAUCGUGAGCGUGAAGAGGAUGGACGGGGGGAAGAUGGCGGGGACGAGCAAGGAGGCGUUCGAGCGGCACAUGGAGUCGGUGGGCGGGCUGAGGCACCCCAACCUGGUUCCCCUCCGGGCCUACUUCCAGGCCAAGGAAGAGAGGCUCCUCAUCUACGACUAUCAGCCCAACGGCAGCCUCUUCUCUUUGAUUUACGGAUCCAAAUCAGCGAGGGCCAAGCCUCUUCACUGGACAUCCUGCCUCAAGAUCGCCGAGGACGUGGCGCAGGGCCUCUCCUACAUCCACCAAGCGUGGCGCCUCGUCCACGGCAACCUCAAGUCCUCCAACGUCCUCCUCGGCCCCGACUUCGAGGCCUGCCUCGCAGACUACUGCCUCUCGGUGCUCAUCGCCCCCACUCCCCUGGACGUCGACGACCCCGAUUUCGCCGCCUACCGGGCGCCCGAAUCCAGAGACCCUCAUCACGUGCCGACCAAUAAGUCCGACGUGUACGCCUACGGCACCCUGCUGCUGGAGCUCCUCACGAGCAGGCCGCCGUCGCAGCACCCGAGGCCGAUGCCCGGGGACGUGAUGGGCUGGGUAAGGUCGGCGAGGGAUGACGGCGGCGGCAGGGACGACGACCGGCUGGCGAUGCUCUUGGAGAUCGCCGUGGCCUGCGGCGCGAAAUCGCCGGAGCAGAGGCCCACGAUGUGGCAAGUGUUGAAGAUGCUGCAGGAGAUUAAAGAGGUGGUGUUGGAUGACAGUGAGCGACCUGCACAAGGAACCGUGCUAGCUUAGUCAUUGCGGGUGUACUUGUUGGUACUGGAUCAGCGUCUUCAUUGAUAGGGGGAUAGAGUAGACAGAAAAAUAUUGCAGAGACCAGUGUGUAAAAAAAAAAAAAAAACAUUAUAUGUUCUCAUUGAAUGCCUUUUUGACAACCUUCGGCGGAGACAUGAAAUUUUUGUCCGUUUUACACUCGGGUAAUUUUCUUAUUCGCUCAAUUUAAUGUCUAAACUUUUCGAUUGGUUC